AUGGCAUCUGAUCCCUUCCCAAUCAGGGGCGGCGACGGGCUGGGCCCGCGCUGGCAGCUGUGGCGGCGGCGGCGCUUCGUGCUGGCGUCCCUGGCCUUCUGGGGGCUCGUCUCCAUGUACACGACGCGCAUCAACUUCAGCGUCGCCAUCGUCGCCAUGACCAGCGGCUCCGGCGCUUGCCACCGCGCCGCCCUCCCCGCCAACGCCUCCGCCGCCGCCAACGCCUCAACCCAGGCGGGGCUGCUGCAGGGCGUGGUGUUCCCGUGCCUGAACGCCAUCUGGGCGCGCUGGGCGCCGCCGCUCGAGCGCUCCCGCCUCGCCACCACCGUCGCCUCGGGCUGCAACGUCGGCACCGUCAUCGUGCUGCCGCUCUCCGGCCUGCUGGCCGCGCACGUCGGCUGGCCCUCCAUCUUCUACGUCUUCGGCGCGGGGGGCGUGCUGUGGUGGGCGCUGUGGUGGGCGCAGACGGCGGACAGCCCCGAGCGCGACCGGCGCGUCUCCGACAAGGAGCGGCGCUUCAUCGAGGACGCGCUGGGCGUCGACACGGCCACCGCCAAGGUUUCCUUUCAUCCGUGGCGGCGUUUCUUCACAUCUCCAGCAUAUCUGGGGAAACUGGUCGCUCAUUUCUGUGCGAAUUGGGGAUUCUACACUCUCGUAACUCAAAUGCCCAUGUACCUUAAAGACACGCUGGGCUUCGACCUGCGCGCCGCGGGCUUCGUGUCCGCGCUGCCCUACGUGGUGAUGGCGCUGCUGCUGCAGGUGGCGGGCCACACGGCCGACUGGCUGGAGCGCCGCCAGCUGCUCAACACCACGCAUUGUGAAUACGCUGGACAUGGCGCCACUCCACGCGAGCGUGUUGGCUGGUGUGAGCAGCACCAUCGCAAACACUUCCGGCAUCCUCAGCCCCCAGCUGACGGGCUUCAUCGUGCGAAACAAGUUUCAUUGCUUGCUUGGGGUUGUAAUUCAAACACUCCCCAAGGCAUUCCAUUACAACAAUACAUCAUAAGAAAUAGUUUUGACAUACAUGCUCCAAAUCACACAACCUAUUAUUCUUAUAAUGAUAACAUUGUCCCAGAUAUUCUAGAUAUUUUUAUUCAAAAAAAACUUACUGUUUGUCAUUAUUGUCUUUAUGUUGAUAUUCUGAACAAUAAUUUCUGCGCGUUCAUAUUUUUUUUAACCAAGUAUUUAUUAUCUGGGAAGCAGGGCAUUAUUAUUAUUAUUGAUAUUAUAUUAUUAUUAUUUAUUAUUAUUAAUACAUAUGCUGGUGAAAUAGAUGGGAAGAGAAAUGGAGACCAACGGCCAUGUGGCAGCAACGCCCAUUGA